AUGGCGGACACGACAGCUGCCCGGACGCCCGAGGAGGUUGCCAAGGAGCACGACCUGCUUCCUAAACUGGUCACGCAUCUCGACCGCCAUUUAAUAUUCCCGCUGCUUCAGUUCGUCGCGGAUCAGGAUGAGGAGCCCUCGCCCGAGAUCACGAAGGCGAAAUACGAGCUCUUGAAGAAGACGAAUAUGACGGAUUACGUGGCUACGCUGUAUUGCGAACUCGAGGGGGUGGAGGACGCGCCGAAGGAGUUUGCGACCAAGAGGCAGGAGGUUUUGGAUCGGCUGGAGAAGUAUGAGCAGGAGAGUGAGAAGAUUACGGAUUUGCUGGGCAGGGAGGAUGUGGUUACGGGCCUGAGGAGCGAUAAGGUGGCUAACUUGGAGUUUUUGAAGAAGGAACAUGGUGUCACGAUUGAGAUGGUUAAUGUUCUUUAUGACUUCGGGAACUUCCAGUAUAGCUGUGGUAACUACCAGGCCGCAGCAGAACUGCUCUAUCAAUUCCGAGUGCUCUCCACCGACAACGACAAGGUCUCCGCGGCAACAUGGGGAAAGCUGGCGUCGGAAAUCCUCACCACGAAUUGGGAGUCGGCUAUGGAGGAGGUGCAGAAGGUGAAGGAAUCCAUCGACACAAAACUCUUCAGCAACCCGCUCGCACAACUCACCCACCGCACAUGGCUCAUCCACUGGGCGCUCUUCCCCUUCUUCAACUACGAGCCCGCCCGCGACACAAUCUGCGAGCUCUUCUUCUCCGCCCCCUUCAUCAACACCAUCCAAACCGCCUGUCCCUGGGUCCUCCGAUACCUGACUGCCGCCGUGAUCACGAACCGCAGCCGGACACGCAACACAGGACAAUACCAAAAGCAGCUCAAGGACAUCAUCCGUAUCGUCAAGCAGGAGAACUAUGAGUACAACGACCCGGUCACCGAUUUCAUCAAGGCGCUCUACAUCGAUUUCGACUUCGAGGAAGCGCAGAAGAAGCUCUCCGAGGCGGAAGAAGUCCUCCGCUCCGAUUUCUUCCUCGUCGCGGCCUCAGACUCCUUCGUGGAAGCCGCCAGACAUCUUAUCUCGGAAAGCUACUGCAAGAUCCAUCAGCGUAUCGACAUCAAGGAUCUAAGCGCGAGAUUGGGUCUGAACCAGGAUGAGGGCGAGAAGUGGAUCGUUAAUCUCAUUAGAGACACGAGGGUUGACGCAAAGAUUGAUUACAAGGAGGGAACGGUCGUUAUGAACCACCCACCCAGCAGCGUGUACCAGCAGGUUAUCGAGCGGACCAAGGGCGGUUUCUUCAGGACACAAGUACUGAGUGCUGCGGUAGCAAAAUGA